AUGCCAAUUGCCAGCCCCCCGGGGCUCAGUUCAAACCCAUGCCGCCGCAGUAGACUCCCGCUCUCUCUCAUCCGGCAUGGCGGCGGACUCAUCGCCUGCGGUAUGCUCUUUGGCUUCGUCGUUCCUCUGGUGCCUUACCCACGCCUUGGCCUUACAGCACACAUUCAGUUCUGUGUGCAGGGCUUCACCGUGCUCCUCACUGGCCUGGUUCUCCAAUCAGAUCUCACAGGAAGCUCCAGCAGCCCAGACGGAGAAGAUACUCAGCAGAGACGUCAGUUGGCCGACAGCCUCGGCUGGUGGCAGAAACAGGUGAUAUACUGGGGCUGCACAAGCAUCUGGGCAACGAUGAUUGCUGAGGCGGGAAAUGCCUGGUGGGGGACAAGGUGGACAUUGCCAGUAGCACAUCAGGCAGCAGGUUUACUCGGCCGUGAUGUCGCUGCAAGAUGGAUGGAAGUGGUCGUUGCGGUUACGCACUUCCCGCUGGGUUUCCCGCUGGCCUCUGUGUGGCCCAUCAUAUUGUCGACGCUGUGGUGA